CUAAGUUUUCGAUUCGUUUGAAAAUAUUAUAAGUUGAAACUGUAAUAACUAUCAAAACAUUAAACAAUAAAAAUAAAUACUCUGGCGUGUAAAUAAAAACUUAAGUAAUUGCAACGCAUGCUCUGAAACAUGAAGUUUGUGCUGUUGUAAAGUUAUUCGUAUAGCUAGUUAUAAGUGAAAUUUAAAUUGAUCAGUUUGAUAUUAGGUGAAUUAAAAAAAUUUUCAUGAAUGUCUCGCACACAUGUCAAUUUUGCGAAUGCAAAUCGGCGGACAAUCAGUUCGGCUCCGCCGAAGCACCGUUAUUGCAUACAACAUUCUCAUUAUCCAAAAUGCACACAUUUGACGAGAUGGAAGAGAAACCUCCUGCCCCUCCAGUCAGAUUGACAAGUACCAAAGAUCCUGUUCAUUGUGUGGAGCUGAAACCUUUACCCAAGGAACCAGAAAAUGAAAAAUGGAAGCUGAAAAUAAAAUCAUCUAAAAAUGUCAAAGAGAAGAAAAAAGAUCCAGAUAAAAUAGUAAUCUCUCCUCCUCUGAAUUUUGAGCACACAUUGCAUGUAGGUUUUGAUCCUGAUACUGGAGAAUUUACUGGUUUGCCGGAAACAUGGUCUAUGCUGCUGAAAAAUUCAAAUAUCACAAAAUUGGAACAAAAAGAAAAUCCACAAGCUGUUUUGGAUGUUUUGAAUUGGUAUGAUACAUCUACUAAAGAAAAUGAAGAUUCAAAGUACAUGACCAUAAAUAAAACUUUAGCUGAGCUUGUGAGUCUUUGGUGUCCAAAUCCUGCUGUAGGAAUAAGUUAUUUUAGUGAUCCUGGAUCAUGCAAUGCUUUAAUGAAUGUAGCUAGUCAACCUAAAUCAGAUGUGGUACAGUUCAAGAAAGUAGAAUCUAAAGAAAGUGUUAGUGUAGUUUCUUUGCCUCCUUCUAGUCCUGAAAGCACCCAUACUGUUUAUAUGAACCCACUUUCAGAAGAAUUUGAUCGAGCUUCCUCUGAAGUAAAUGUUGAUGUUCAGUAUACCACUGAACGUACUGUAUCGAAUAAUAACAACAAUAUUACUAAAGUUAAGAAAAAGAAGAUAUCUGAUGAAGAAAUUAUUGAAAGAUUAAAAGCUAUUGUAUCAUCAGAUGAUCCAAAUACCAAAUAUCUGAAAAAUGAGAAAAUUGGCCAAGGAGCCUCUGGCACAGUAUAUACUGCUAAAGAGAAAAGCACAGGCUUAGAAGUUGCAAUAAAACAAAUGAACUUAGCCAACCAACCAAAGAAAGAACUGAUCAUCAAUGAAAUUUUGGUAAUGCGUGAAAAGAAGCAUCCAAAUAUUGUUAAUUAUUUAGAUAGCUAUCUCAUCGAUGAUGAAUUGUGGGUUGUGAUGGAAUAUCUGCCUGGAGGAUCUUUGACGGAUGUUGUGACUGAAACAUGUAUGGAUGAAGGUCAGAUAGCAGCUGUGUGUCAAGAGGUUCUAAAGGCUUUAGAGUUUCUGCAUAAAAAUCAAGUGAUUCAUAGGGAUAUCAAAAGUGAUAAUGUACUUUUGGGCAUGGAUGGCAGUGUGAAAUUAACUGAUUUUGGUUUCUGUGCACAAAUAUCACCUGAACAAAGUAAACGAAACACUAUGGUUGGAACACCUUAUUGGAUGGCUCCAGAAGUGGUAACAAAGAAACAGUAUGGGCCGAAAGUAGAUAUUUGGUCUUUAGGCAUCAUGGCUAUUGAAAUGAUUGAGGGAGAACCCCCAUAUCUGAAUGAAAAUCCUUUACGAGCAUUGUAUUUGAUUGCUACCAAUGGAAGGCCUGAUAUCAAGGACAAAGACAAACUAUCUUCCACAUUUCAAGAUUUUCUUGACAAGUGCCUAGAAGUGGAUGUGGAUAAAAGAUAUUCUGCAUCUGCUCUUCUAAAGCAUCCUUUCUUAAAACUUGCUCAACCAUUAGGCAGUCUUCACCCUCUCAUUGUGGCAGCCAAAGAAGCCUUAAAAGGACAUUUGGAUGUCAGUUAUUCUUAGUACAGCAGUUUCUUAGAUGAAAUUGCUUGCAGCUUACUUUUAACUUAAAGGAAUGAACAUUCCUAAGCACAGAAUAUGUUCUGCUCUAUAAGAAACCAACCUUUAAAAGAA